AUGUUUAAGGCUACUUCCAAAAUCGCUUCUUUAUCCAAGGCUUUUUCGCGAGGUUUGUUAGGAAGGAGAGCUGACGAAGAACCCCAGCUCCUGGGGAGGUUCGAAGUGGAUUACAUGAGAGCUCCGCCUUUCACAGACGAGAUCAACGAGGAGAGGUUUCCUUCAAAUUUCAAACUCCCCACGAUAGCAUCUUACGACAGCCGAGGUGAUCCGAAAGACCAUUUUCACGCGUUCAUCUCAGCAUUUCGAUUAUAUUGCAUCCCCGACCCUGUUAUUUGUCAGGCUUUCCCAGUACCUACGACCAAGACCUCGGCGCAUCUGUUGAAUAUACAGCAGAACUCGGGCGAGUCACUUAGGUCUUAUGUGCAGAGAUUUCAGGAUGAGAGCGUGCAGAUACCCGACCCCAACGAGCAGGUGACGAUAGCUGUCUUUACUAACAGCAGAGGUCUCCAGAGCCCCGGCCGAGACCGCCGGAGCGUCUUCAAUAGAAUAGCCAAGGGAAAGCCGCCGGUCUUGGAAGCCAAGUUAACUCCCUUGAACACCAGCCGAUCUCCUGUGCUGUCUGUGAUGGACCAAAACGGACUUGGGCGAGCCCCUCCAAAGAUGAACGGCAAAAAGGAGAGAAGAAAUCCUGACCUGUACUGCCUAUACCACCGAGAUGUUGGGCAUGAGACAGAGGACUGCAAUGACCUCAAGAACGAGAUAGAGCGUCUCAUUAAGCAGGGUUACCUCAAGCAAUUCAUCCGACGAGAUGCGAGUGGUCCCAAGGAUGCCAAGAGGCCUCCCAGAGAUGGGUCCCCCGGUCAUGGGUUAGGCUAUGGGCCCAACAUCGCUGGAGUUAUUAACACCAUAGCCUGUGGCCCGACGGGAGGGGACAACCAAAACUCCCGAAAGAGGACCUACCAACAGGCUAACCCGAACUUAACUGAGUCGAGUUCUCGGCUGUCCGAGGUGAUCACAUAUUGCCCAAGUGAUCCUGUCCCGGCCACAUCCAGCAGUCAUGAGGCCUUGGUGAUCGAGGUACUGGCCAACAAUUACGUCGUCAAGAAAGUGUACGUUGAUCCAGGAAGCUCAGUAGACGUCAUGUAA